AUGGUCCCAGACUGCCACCUCCCCCCCAUCACACCUAUCUCCAUUCAGGAGAGAGAUGCCAACAAACUACUGAAGAGACUGAACCCCGGCAAGGCAGCUGAUCCAGACGCUGUCUCCCCCUCCACACUAAGGUACUGUGCGGACCAGCUGUCUCCAGUGUUCACAGACCUCUUCAAAACCUCACUGGCUGAAUGCGUGGUACCUGCCUGCUUCAAAACAUGCACCAUCAUCCCUGUUCCCAAUAAGCAGUGGAUCACAAGCCUUAUUGAAUACAGACCAGUCGCCCUGACCUCUGUAGUAAUUAAGACCUUUGAGCGCCUCGUGCUGACCCACCUCGAGGCCAUCACCACCCACCUCCUCGACCCACUGCAGUUUGCCUAUAGAGCCAUCAGAUCCUCCGGUCCUGACAUGACUGUGCUCAAUCGCUCUGUGUUGGAGGAAUGUUCGUUGCCUCUCUCUAGGCCACUGGUUGAAAAACUUAACAUCAAGACCAACGUUGGUAUCGAUAUUAUCGAUACUUGGAUCGAUCCCUCCACCACUAGGCCACAGCGUUUGCACUUCAGCAUUGGAAUCGUGGUUCAGCCCGGGUUGUUUCCGCUCACUCGAGACUCAAAGUCUGCAGAGAGGAGGAACAUGUCCGCCGUGCAGCUGCUGCGGGUGUCGGUACAUGAGCGGAUCAGCGCUGCCGCUGAAGACUUUCUGCUGCAGCUGGAGAAAGAGGAAGAAACGUCUCCAGUCCCGGAGCUGAGAGCGAUGCUCACCGAGCGGCUGACGGCGGCAGCGGAGGAGAUCACCGCUGUGUUCGAGGAAACCGUGGAAGAGUACGAAGACAGACUGGAGCGGUCCGAGCGGGAGAUCUGCCGCCAGAGGAGGCUGCUCGAUGCCGUGAUGAAGCCCGAAACAAGGCUGCACAGAGCAGACUUCCUGCAACCGGUGCUGAGUAAAGAAGAGGUUCCUCCUGAGCAGCAGCAGUGGAGCCCUCUCGCAGACCAAGAGGACCCAGAGCCCCCCCACAUUAAAGAGGAACAGGAGGAACCUUGGUCCAACCAGGAGGGAGUGCAGCUUCAACACCUGGAGGAGGCUGAUAUCAAGUUCACAUUGACUCCUUUCGCUGUGAAGAGUGAAGAAGACGAAGAGAAACCUCAGUCGUCACAGCUUCAUCAGAGUCAAAAUGAGGAGAACAGAGCGGACUGUGGAAAACCAGAACCAGCCAGGAGCUCAGGUCCUGAUGGAUAUUUACAACCAGGUCCUGAGGACAAGACUGAAGACUCUUCUGAGACUGAAGACAGUGAAGAUGAUUGGUUGGAGACCAGAGAGCCUGAGGGAUAUUUACAACCAGGUCCUGAGGACAAGACUGAAGACUCUUCUGGGACCGAAGAUAGUGAAGAUGAUGGGAUGGAGACCAGGGAGCUUCAGUCUGGUUUGAAUAUAAAAAACGACAAACAGCCUUUAAGUGAUACGAGAUGUAAAACUGAUAACAAACCAUUUAGUUGCUCUGAGUGUGGUUACAGAUUUAAAUUAAAGUCCCAGCUAACUCAACAUAUGACAAUUCAUACAGGAGAGAAACCAUUUAGUUGCACUGAGUGUGGCAAAACUUUUAGACUGAAGUUCACGCUGAAGAGACAUAUGCCAAUUCAUACAGGAGAGAAACCAUUUAGUUGCGCUGAGUGUGGUAAAAGAUUUAUUGAAAAGUCCCAGCUAACUCUACAUAUGCCAAUUCAUACAGAAGAGAAAUCAUUUAGUUGCUCUGAGUGUGACAAAAGUUUUAGACGAAAGGAAGUGCUGGCGGUACACUUGACAAUUCAUACAGGAGAGAAACCAUUUAGUUGUUCUGAGUGUGGUUAUAGAUCUAGACUAAAGCACCAGCUAACUGCACAUAUGAAGACUCAUACUUUAGAGAAACCACUUAGUUGCUCCAAGUGUGGUUAUAGAUGUUACCAUGAAAAUUCUUUAAAGUUACAUAUGAUGAGUCACACAAGAGAAAAACCAUAUAGUUGUUCUGAAUGUGGUAAAACAUUUAGAUAUAACCAACAGCUGAAUGAACAUAUGAUGAUUCAUACAGGAGACAAACCAUUUAGUUGCUCCGAGUGUGGUAAAAGAUUUACCCGUACGACCGUUUUAAAGACACACAUGAGAGUACAUACAGGAGAGAACCCCUUUUGUUGCUCUCAGUGUGAUAAAGCAUUUAAACAGAAAUCUGAGUUAAAUUCACACAUGGCAGCUCAUACUGGAGAGAAACCAUUUGGUUGCAAUGAGUGUGCAGAAAGAUUCAGACGUAAGAACCAGCUGAAUGUACAUAUGAGGAUUCAUACAGGAGAGAAACCCUUUAGUUGCACUCAAUGUGCAGAAAGAUUUAGACUUAAGAACCAGCUGAAUGUACAUAUUGGGAUUCAUACAGGAGAGAAACCAUUUAGUUGCUCUGAGUGUGCUAAAACAUUUAGCCUUCAGUCCAGUUUAAAGAGUCAUAUGAGGAUUCAUACAGGACAGAAACCAUUGGUUGCUCUGAGUGUGGUAAAUGAUUUAGCCGAAAGUCCAAUUUAACUAUUAUAUGAGGAUUCAUAGAGGAGAGCAGGGAUUCAGUUGCAUUGUUUGUAACAAAAGAUUUAUUAGGAUUGAUUAGCAGCUAUUCAUGUUAUACAUAUUCAUAGUUCACUGUUGUAAAUAGAGAAUUAAGAGUCCCUCCUUCACCUGUUUUUAUCAGUUCAACAGUUUUUGGAAAGAAGCAUUGCACACACACGAACAGGCCCCGCCCCCACUCACUCACUCACCCACACAUGCGAGAGGUGAACUCGUUGAUGUGAACGAGGCUGUAAAUGUCGACUUGAAGCGUCACAAGUGUGAUUCCAGGGUUUCUGUCUAAUGAUAAAUUAUUAGCGAUGCUGUUUCAGGAUCAGAACAAAAGCAGCGGUUGGUUUGUAUCGUGUCAGAGUCUGAGUGUCGUCCUCCACACUCACUGACCUGAGCUCACUUUACUUUUUCUCUAUGGACACCAACACUCUACUCUACUAUUCACUCCAGAGUUUAAGAGAGACACACACACACACACUAACCUCAUACAAUAGAAACCUAAAAGUUCAUCUAAAUCAUAACACCUCACUUUACUGACCUGGUUAAAUAUAUUCUGGGCCAAAUGUUUCAA